CAACCGACCCACUCACCCACCCACUCGCUCGCCCGCCCGUUAGGUCCUCUCUCUCCCACAAAAGUGGGUCACCCCAAGGGGCAUUGCCCUUAGGUGAGAGAAUCCAAUCUUUAUACCCAUUUGGUAGGAGUUCUCCCACCAAUGUGGUAUUCUUGCCUUAGGACAUAUAGCUUCCAAAGCCAUUGACAAGUUCAUUUCCAACAAUGUUCAACGCUGCUCGAGCCGAUGAAGAUGGAGGCAGUUUCGAAGAAGAAAUCGACGGAGAAGGUGAAGAAGAAAGGGUUGCCAUAGAUUGUACAAUCUCCAGAGGUGGAGAGGAAGAUGGCGAUGUCGGAUUGGAAGCGGAGAUGACGUCGACCUUUGAAGCCAACUGUCGGGUGGUCUAUUUGUCAUCGAAGGAGUGCAACGGUGCAACAAUCCGCUUUUUUCUCGCAAACCCUUGCUUGGCUACUUGCGGCCUCACAGAGAAUCAAAGGUGCACGCGGUUGGGCUUGGUUGUCUGGGCCAAGUGGGUCGCGCAGUCGGGGAGAGUUGAGCCGACUACUCAAAGAGGAUUUGGACCCCAAAUGGGCGGCCUGGUCGGCACUCUCUUGUUUGGGGUGAACUCAUCGGCGAGAUGAAAAAAUCUCGAUGGUGUGGGUAAGGAAGAAUGAUUGAAUGAUGGCUUAAGUCAGUAGAUGCAGAGCUGCCCCAUCCAAUUGGGAUACUGAACAGACAAAGGGAGUCGUGAGGAGGGAAAAUAAAGACUUGUGGCAAGA